AUGGACCAUUACUGGCAGACCCGGCGCAAACUCGUCAUGCAGAUCGAGUCCAGGAGAUCGCUUAGGGGCAAGCCUCUGACCGAGACCCAUCGUGAUGAGUUGAAGGCUCGGUUGCAAGAGUUGGAUGACAAGAAAGCUUCGGAGGGACGCAUCGUCGACUCCGUUACGGUCGUGACGCAGACACAGCACGAGCGCGUACUGAAGCAGAUGGCAGCCGACAAGAAGGAAAUCAAGGAGGCCAUCAACGGCAUCAGCCCUCUGGCGGCCUUUUUCGGCGCCGAAACCGAACCUGAGACGGUGACGGUGGAACAGGCCGCCGCGAAGGAGGCCUUUUGGAAGGGCAAAAGGAAGGCCGGGGAAGCUGAAAAUCGGGAAGCUCAGAAAGCGAAGCGGGUAAAGCAAGAGCAGGAGGAAGCCUUCAGCGUCGCACCGGAGGCCGAGGACCAAGUGCUCUGCGGCGUGCCCGUCCGAGGAGAGCAGGGUCUCAGCUUCCUGGUCGGUCGCGAUGUUUCGGCCCAGUUCAUGGUGAAGGGCCUCCGCGUCCGCUUGGUCGCCCUGAUCCAUGGCGCCGCGACGCUGCAAGCCCGCAAGACGGCCGUUGUGGUGGAGCACAAGCACGUCCGCCUGGUCAUGGAGAAGAAAGGCAAGUCUCCCGAGAAGGCCGUGGUGUACAGCGGCAUCGAGAAGAUCGCGCCGACCUCCAUCUACAGCCUGCGUUUUGGGAUGAGGGUGGAAUGCAUUGAAGGGGCCCUGCCGGCGCGCUCCAGCACUAGCGCGAACAAGGAGCCCGAAGACUCCUUCACGGCAGAGACCACCGAGCCCGGCAGCCACGCGGCAGAGUCAGAGCCCAGCACAGACUCCCGCACCGCAGAGACCCACCGGUCCGAGCCCAACGAGCCCGGCGACUACCACACCGCAGAGACCGAUGACUCCCGCACCGCAGAGACCACCGAGCCCAACGAGCCCGGCGACUACCACACCGCGGAAACCGCAGAGCCCAACGACUCCUGCACCGCAGAGACCAACAACGAGCCCUACGACUCCCGCACCGCGGAGACCAACAACGAGCCCGACGACUCCCGCACCGCAGAGCCCGGCGACUUCCACGCGGCAGAGACCAACAACGAGCCCAACGACUCCCACACCGCAGAGACCAACAACGAGCCCGGCGACUUCCACACGGCAGAGCUCAACAACGAGUCCGGCGACUUCCGCGCUGCAGAGACCACCGAGCCCAACAACGAGCCCCACGACUUCCACACGGCAGAGCUCAACAACGAGGACUCCCGAAGGGCCGACGGGGACGUGCGCAUGGAAGAGGAGGACUUGGAGGAGGAGGCCUUUGAAGAGCCCGACCCAGUCGUGGAGCCCGACCUUCAGGUUGCCGGUUGGGUCGUGGUGUGGGAGACGGUCAAUUUUUGGCCAAGCGUCAUUUGCGGCGAGAGCUUGCGCAGCUUGAUUUUCAUAGUGAAGAACCAUCCAGAGUCCACCCAGAUGUUGACGAUCGAGGUGCAUGGUGCAGAAUUCACAGUCGAGGCGGACACGUGCUCGAUCUGUUUGACUCAAUUGCGCUGCCCCGAUCGAACGGUUGAGCUUCGUAAGAUCGGGAGGGUCUUGGCGACCUUGCCCACAGCGGCUUUCAAGAAAGUUGACCCCGCGAACUGA